AGAGAACGCGGACUUAAGUCAAUCGAGUGCUUUGCUGUAUAAUGUGCCACUUCGUUUGUUGAACAGUUCUUUCUGUGUGAGAAACUAGGAUACAUUUAAUUGAGGUGAGGAAUAUGCCUCCCGUACGAUGGAAAAUACUUUAUGUGACGAUAGCGAUAUUUCUUCAAUUAUGGACGAAGACAUAUGCUCAACAUAUGCAGGAGGCCAUCUCAAUGACCGCCGACGGCUGGAGACCCAUUGUAGGGUCGAGAAAACCAUCACCUGCAUUUAGCCAGGAUUCCACUAUUUCCCAGUACAAAAAUCCUAGUCAGAAAUACGAAGUAGAGAUCGUCAAAUCCGAGAAUCCCGUUGCCGUAUCGUCUACUGUUGCUCCUGAUGAGUUCACUGGGAAGCCCAGGGAUAGUUCAACCAACUCUAUCAACAAAAUCAAAGCGGGAUCUCAAUACACUCACAACCAAGGUGGUAAAAUACCCCCGCACACCAAAAUCACUUCACCUGGUUACCACACCCUUCCAACGAUUCAACACGGGCAACAAGUGCCUGUGGGAGCAGUCACUCAAGGGAGGCCAUCUCAGUUCGGAUUCAGGAAACAUCCCGUGAAACCUCCAGUCCAGUAUGCUACACCCCCCAAUAGGAAACCUUUGAGAGGGCCUCUGGGGGCACAUAGCAAUAGGAAUGAAGUUUAUGUACAUCCACCGACAACUGUUAAUCUUCCUUUCCACAAGCAAGGUCUAAACAAUGUGAAGACGCGGGAGACGCAAGGUUUGAAACUAGCUGGAAAUCAUUUCACCGUCAAUCAGCCUAAUUCGCAUAUUGAAGUCAACAGGUUCCCGCAUCCGCCUACAAACGAUAACGCAUUCGAGCAAAUUAAGAGUCAUCCGGUUUUCUUCCAGAAACUGAAGGACGACUACACCAGGAACCUCGUACCACCACCGCCAUCUAGGUUCCUAAUAGAAAAAGAAAAGCUGAAGGCUCCAAAACUCCCUGCCAAAUUCAAAGACAACGUAGCCACCGUUUCGGAACCGGUACUGGAGUUCCACGAUGUGGGUCUACAGCAAUUCGGGGGUAAAUCACCACAAGAUAACCUGGUCCAGCUCUCUUUUCCCUUUGGACAGCCCCUGCAGUUACAAAAUCAGUUCGCGCACUCCGAACAACCCGUGAACGUGGAGGUGACUAAGGAACAGUUGAAAGUGUUUCACAAUAAUGUUCCGGCUAGGUUCCAUCCUCAACAGCAAGAUUAUGUCGACUACUUCCACACUGUCAGCACACCUGCUCAGGUUCCUAAGUUGCAGACGUAUGAGGUAACUGAAGGAAAAUGGAUAGACAAUCCCAACCCGUAUAGUUUCAAAUUUCAACAGACCCAAGAAGUCCCACACAAGGUGAGGAAACCUACCGGACCAGCUAGACCCCUCAUUCCAGAACCACUAGUGGAACUAAGCCUCCCGCCUUUUUUGCCGACCCCCUACAGACCCCCAGGUGCUUUACCAACGUCGGCCACUCAGAGCGAAGCAUCUACGGUGUUUUCUCAAGUCAGCACAAAGGUAAACAAGUACAAGGGAGAAGCUUUGACGAAAAACCCUUUGUUCUUCGAUCUGAAAGAAGUUUCCACUCAUUAUCCCAUUUUGGGGAAACCAGAAUUCAUAUCAGAAAGUGAGACAGAUACUCCGACAGCAAUGGGGGGAAACGCGGAGAUAUCAAACGAAAUUACCACACAGAGACCUAAGAAAAGAAGAAGGCCUCAACCUAGAAGACCUAGUACAACUGUUGCUACUACCACGACAACUGAAGAACCUACCACGACAGACGAUUUCAAUUUCAGAAAACAAAACAACUUUGAACCGACUUAUUCGGAAGAAACAGAACGGCCCUACAGACGACAAAGACCAAGACCGAAUAGAAUAAGGACGGGAACAACUGGUAGUGGUGGUUAUGAAAGCGAAGAAAGGCCCCUGAGGUACAGGACCCCUCCACCUCCUAAAGAGAAUGAGGAGAGGGAAGAAAGGAAACCUGUGCGAUAUAGAACCACUUCGCCACCUAUCGGGAUGGACGAUAGAGAGGAAAGGAAGCCUGUGAGAUACAGGACCACUCCUCCUUCCAGGACAAAUGACGAAGAGGAGGAGAAGAGGAUUAGAGGAAGACAUCGAUACAGGCAGAGGGUUCCUGUAGGGACCAAGGACUCUAAUGAACCCCCAUCUUCUCAUCAUCGUAAAAGAAUUCGAACCACUACAGAAAUGCCAGUGAAUCAUAAGAUAGCAGAUGAAGACCAGCCUCUGGUACCUGAAGAUAUGUCUGCACUCGCUGAAGAAACUGGGGAGAGCAACGAGCCCAACAUGGAAGAGGAAGCAACUACUUUGAAGCCAUAUCGAUUCGAGUACGAACCUUCAGUGAGGCAACAAAUAAGCAGUCAGUACCAAGAAGAAAGCAGAGUCAGGUAUGAAACUACUCCAUCAUCUAGAGAACAUAUGAACAACAGGGCGGCAGUGAUGAUUGAGGAAGUGACGGAGAAGGAAGAUCAGUAUGACAGGGUUGAGGAAGUUGGUAGUUCAACUACUGAAAUAUCUAUUAUGGAGAUCAACUUACCCGAAAAUGAAAUAGACUAUGCCUCCUCUUCUGGUGCUUCUGAACAACACGAAAAUGAAUAUGUACAGACAACUUUGGCAACAACUACCCCUUCGACAACCACAACUACCACCGAAGCCCCGACUACAAAGUCAGUCAAGACUAGAACUCGACCAAUCAAGUAUCAUUCCUCAAAUAGACCACGAUUCAGUGUGAAGGAAUAUCGCCAAAGAUUGAAUCAGUAUACUUCGACAACACCAUCUACGACAACAGAUUUUGUUAAAACUACUUCAGAGGUUACAAGAGUGAGAUUCCCGAACAGAUUCAAAACGAGACCUCCUCUCAACACUUCUCCCCCGCCCCUUAAUUACGAAGAGGAAACAAAUACUGACCAAAUGCAAAGAAGAAAAUUCAAACCCAAAGACCCGAGACAUAGUACUACCACUACAGAAAGUGUAGAUGCUAUCACUGAAUCUAGUAUCAAAUCGAUGAAAACAAGACUGAGACCAUUCGGGCGAUACACCAACUCUACUAGAAUAAAGUCUAACCUGUUUUCAACCAGAAGAAAGGGCCUGGUCUCGAUGAAAACGAAGCUCUUCAGCAAACCAGCCGAUACCGAAGAAACCAUUAUGACUAGUGAGGAACCGACUGAAGCAGUUACUACACCGACAACAAAACCUGAAGAGGAAAGCUUGCCAGCAGAAACUGUCACAGAAUUUCACUCAGAUACCAUGAACAUCGUGGAAGCUACGGGAGAAGUGGUGCCGCCAACAGUAGAGGCUGUCAUUAACGAUGAUGACUAUUCUCAAAGGGUGUCGGACCUUACAUCCUCUUUCAAGAGCGAGUACGAUACUCCAGGGUUAUUCAAGUCUGUCUCGCCUAAUAGUAGGAGGGUUCCCAACUACUUCACCAUUUCGACCGAUGAUCCUAUAUUGCCUAUCGAGGCUUUCUUUCCAAACAUUAAAGACAAGGAACAGUGAGUUCCAGAUGGCUUGCUAACAUUUCACCCAUGAUGACUCUAAUGUGGCGGAUGAAUGAAAACCUGCCCCCACAGUUUCAUAAAAACAGGAUUUAUAAUAUUCGUCCUGACUUCAGUUCAUUUCUGUGAAUCAGAACCAAAAAUAUUUGGGACUUAUAUAAUGCAAUAUUUUUUU